AUGUCGCUCAAAGGUGUGUUGAUUUUUCUCACUUGUAUAAGCAUUUCUCUGGCUCAAAAAUGUGAUUGGCGAAACUGGGAGAUUCAAUUAAAUCCUGUCGCUAUGCACGAACCCCUUUCUCAGGAGAUCGUUGAUUACGUGAAUAGUAUCAAUACAACAUGGAAAGCUGCUCCUUCUAAAAGGUUCACGCUUACCUCGCAGAUCCGCCAACAACUGGGAACCGUUCCAGACCCCAUGGGCCGUCGUUUACCUAAACUCGCGACUCUCUCUGAGGAGAACUACAAGGAUCUCCCAGCUUCCUUUGAUCCUCGUGAAAAAUGGCCAAAUUGCAAGACUUUGUUCGAAAUUCGUGAUCAGGGUAGCUGUGGAUCUUGCUGGGCUUUUGGUGCAGCUGAAGCCAUGUCGGAUCGUAUCUGCAUUCACAAUGAGGCGAUGCGAAAUGGUCGCAACCCGGUUGUUCAUUUAAGUGCCGAUGACCUGCUCUCCUGCUGCUUUGAAUGUGGAAUGGGCUGCAAUGGUGGGUUCCCCACUACAGCUUGGGAGUUCUGGAAGAAGAAAGGCCUUGUGAGUGGUGGUCUCUAUGGUACCAAAAUGGUUUGCAGAUCCUACGAGAUCCCACCCUGUGAACACCACGUCAACGGAACUCGCCCACCAUGUAACGCUGAUGCCCAUACUCCCAAAUGCAAGAAAGUUUGCCAGAGUGAAUACAAGAUUCCUUAUAUGAAGGACAAAUAUUAUGCUGAGAAGGUCUACUCAAUUCAUAAGAACGAAGACGCAAUAAAGCAUGAACUCUAUACCAAUGGACCUGUUGAGGCUGAUUUUGAAGUUUAUGCCGACUUUCCGACCUACAAAUCUGGUGUUUACCAACAUGUCAGUGGAGCAUUGUUGGGUGGUCAUGCCAUCAAGUUGAUGGGCUGGGGAGAGGAGAAUGGUGUGCCAUAUUGGCUUUGUGCGAACUCCUGGAAUACAGAUUGGGGAGACAAUGGAUACUUCAAGAUACUCCGUGGUCAAAACCACUGUGGAAUUGAAUCCGAUAUUAACGCUGGUCUUCCUCGCGUUAAGUAA